CAGGGCGCCUUUGGCUGUUUUCAGGGGACUCCUUCUUUGCCCAGUCUUCUGUUGGGGCGUUAUCAACUAACUAGAUUUCUGUCCAUUAUCCGGAGGUUUUGUGUGGUCGCAUUUCAGAGCAGUUGUGUUUUUCUUUCUACUUUGGCUUCCACUGGGAGUUAGAAACUAUUGGCUGUACAGUCCGACGGCUUUAGUGAGUCGGUGAGGUAGAGCUAGUUAGCUAGCUUACAUCGGUUAGCAGCUACCAGAAGAUUUACGGCUUAUAUCCGUGGCUACGCUGCCAGGUAGAUCAAAUAGAACCGAAGGUGCUGCUCAGCCACAAUGGUUUGGUCAGUCCAACACUUUCUGGUGAUUGACAUUGGUAAAUAAUGUGUUAUUUGUGAGGAAGUCAACACAACCUUUGUUUGGAUUGUGCGCAGCUUGGCAGGUUUGGCCCGUUUCAUUGUCCGUAAGCGUAACAAAAAGCCGAGGUUGUGUCUUUUUGUGUAGAUAGGUUGUUUGGCUAUUAAGGUUAACUCAGCCCUGGCCGUGUAAACAAAGCCGUUAGCUGUCCGCUGCAGAUAAUCUUCCGAGGUACCCGGUUCAGGAUGGCGCAGCACGACCCCUCUCAUGUAGCCAGUUCACAGAAGGCGCUCAUGCUGGAAAUGAAGAGCCUUCAAGAAGAGCCGGUGGAGGGAUUCAAAAUAACACUCGUGGACGAAGCUGACCUGUAUAACUGGGAAGUGGCCAUCUUUGGACCCCCAAAUACGCACUAUGAAGGAGGCUAUUUUAAGGCCCGGAUCAAGUUUCCUAUAGACUAUCCAUACUCUCCACCCGCCUUCCGGUUUCUCACCAAGAUGUGGCACCCCAACAUAUAUGAGAAUGGAGAUGUGUGUAUUUCUAUAUUGCAUCCUCCAGUGGAUGACCCACAGAGUGGAGAGCUGCCUUCAGAAAGAUGGAAUCCCACACAGAAUGUCCGGACCAUUUUGCUCAGUGUGAUCUCGCUGCUGAAUGAACCCAACACCUUUUCUCCUGCUAAUGUUGACGCUUCCGUCAUGUACCGUAAAUGGAGGGACAGCAAGGGCAAGGACCGGGAGUAUGUGGAGAUCAUCAGGAAACAAGUUUUAGCCACCAAGGCAGAAGCCGAGCGAGACGGUGUGAAAGUUCCUACCACACUGGCCGAAUACUGCGUCCGCACACGUGCCCCAGCCCCAGAUGAGGGCUCUGACCUCUUCUAUGACUAUUACUAUGACGACGACGACAUGGAGGGAGGGGAUGGCGACUGCUGCUAUGAUGAGGAUGACUCGGGCAAUGAGGAGUCAUGACAUGCUUUAUGGCAGCACCCCACCCCCCUAGCUGACACAUGCUAGCCCCUUUUUUCUGCCCGGGUUGCCAGAAAUUUUAGGUCUACAACUAACUAAAGGUUCGAAGAUUCCCACCUUUAAACCCGUGAAAAGAGCAGUGUAUUCCUUGUUCCUCUGAAUGUCUAUUUUCAGAGGUUAAAAUCAAUUCAACAUUAUGGAAAGGUCCAAUCUGGUAUGAUUUGCACCAGCACAAAUAUCAACAGUUUCUUUACAUUCUCCAUUAUCACAUAAGACCUGCUUAGUUUGUAUGCAUUGUUCAGUCCCUCUUUCAGUAAAAGGCGUUGCAGGAUUAAACCACUGUCAACAACAGCGACAUUUGCACUGGUGCAAAUGCUUCCAAACUUCUCUCAGCCUUUCUCUUGCAUAUCUUUAUUUCCUUAAUUGUAACUGGGCGUUGCUCAGAAGCAGUUGGUCAUUGAGACUGACACACAGUUGAGGAUUUUAAGCUGUUUUCUUGCAAAUGCAUCGAAUCUGACAUUUUCAAGUUUCACAGUCUGUCUUGAGUCAAACAGGACAGGACUUGUUACAGGACUGUGUUUUCUUGUGCAUGCCAGAACAUCUCUGGAAGCUUUUUUGUCUCUCUCUGGUGGACUCUUUACCUGAAUCAUGAUCCAUUUUCAGCUCAGUGAUCAGACUUUUGAUGACAAAGGACUGAAUGGAGUCACCGGGUCAAAAUCCCCAUGUGAACAUUUUUUUGCUAACAUGAAAUUGAUCUGUGCUGUGUUUCUGGUUGCUGUUUGGUGUGUUUCUCUGUCAUUGAGUGUAGGGGUAGAUUAUUUGAAGUAGCUGAGACUUAAGAGUUGUGUAGGAUGACAAUGUUUUUCAGGGGGCAGAACUAAUUACUGGUAAGUAUUCUAUUUCUCCUCAGGUUUGUUCUCUGAGCAACCUACUGGAGCCAAAGACCUAAAACAGUGUAAAGGAAAGCCCAAAUAUUGUGAUUCUGUCUUUGCAAGCGCUGUUAUUUUAGUUUCCCUCUUCUGUUAGACAUGCUUGCUGUCUUUGCUUGAGAAUGAUUUAUGAAAUGAGAUUAUUACGUUUUGCUUUUUUUUUUUUCUUUUAGUAAUAGUAUCUGUCACAAGAUGUUCUUGCAUAUCAGUCUUGUUUAUUACGUUUUCCAGCUCUGAAAGUGAAGGUCACCAUGUUUUGUUUUAUAUUCUUUGUGUUUGAGACUGGACAGGUUUUGAUAAUAUUUUGAGAGUAUGGGUGUCCCCUGUGUAUUUUUUGCAUUAGCAAUAUUGAUGGUUUCAUUAACUUAAAUUGGGACUUCAUAUUGAAAUUCUCAGGAUAAUGAGUUACACAUGACAAAACAAAUAAGACUAGCAACUAUUCUCCUCCUUUUAAUGGUCUUCAGUGUUGGUUUACAGCCUCAGCCGGAACCGUACCUGAUAUGCACAUGUAGCUGUAUGGAUGAUUACCAUAUUGUUUUAUUCACCCGAGCUUCUUCUUUAUUUUCAGCUAUUUAAAAUUGAAAAAUAAAGAUUUAUUGAAAGAAA